UUGAAGGAGGUGUAUUUUUGUUGACAAAAUGACUACGGAAACAAUACAAAAUACCUCGAAAACCUUUGAGUUCUCCUUUCCAACAUGUACAAACGAAGAAUUACUAUACAAACUGGAAGUGCCUGUGCAAAUUCCAUACGAUGGCUCGACGAGAGAGCUCGUGCAAAGAGUUUUAAAAAUGUUUCAUAUACCGGUGUACUUGGAGGAUGAACUCAAUGAAAAAUUAGCAGAAUUUGUAUCGGAAGAAACGAAAAAUUUCCACAAUGAACGAGAUGCGAAACUCAUUGAUCAAUUUAAAAAUAAUGAGCUCGAUGUAGAGAGCAUAAUUAAAAAUUGGGAAAAACAAUUCAAAGAAAAUGUAGUAGACUUUGCUGAACAAAAAGGAACAUCAGAUGAAGAAGUGUUUGCAGCCGCUUACCACAAGCUAGUUCAUUCACCUGCCUUGGAGACCAUUAUGCAAGUGGAAAGCUCUUAUGCUAAAACAGUUAUGAAUAUGUUGAAGAACCGUGAUGAGGAUAUUCAAAAACUUACACAAAAACAAACAGAAGAAAUGGAAGAGAAAAUACGACUGCUAAAUGUAUCAACGACUGAAGAGGAAAUUAAUGCAUUAGCAGCAACACAUUUUGAGCAGCAAAGCCUGGCAGCGGGGCGAUGGGAUUCUCAGCUCGAUGCUUUGAGGCACACUCAGAGAGCCGCCCACAGAGCCUGGCUCAUGAAUGCCAUUAACGAAUAUCAGACUGACGAGAGAGUUACUCCGAGCACGUCCCCGCUGAGCGCGCUGCCGCCGGAGCCGCUGGCGCCGCUCGCGCCGCGUCUGGAGGAGAGCUUCACCAUACACCUCGGCUCGCAGCUCAAGCAGACGCACAACAUACGACUCGUGGCCGUCGACAUGAUGGACCUCUGCUCCGGCGACAGAGCCGACGGCGGCGCGUGGUCGCGCGUGCAGCCGGCGCUGGCGCUGUACUCGAGCGAGCUGAGCGGCGCCGUGCUGUGCGCGGACGCGCGCGUGCGCUCGCCGCAGCUGCGCGCCGCCACCGAGCACCACUUCGCGGACCUGGACGCGCAGCUGCGCCGCAUCGCCGAGGCGGUGGAGGAGCCCGCGGCGCGGCGCAACGCGCAGCGCGCGGGCGGCGCGCGCGCGCGGCGGGCGCUGCGGGCCGGCGACGUGUUCGUGACGCGCCACAGCAACCUGGCGGAGGCGCACGUCGUGUUCCACCUCGUGGUCGACGACGACUCGCUCAAAUCAGGCGACAUAACGUCUCGCCAUCCCGCCAUUCUGGGUCUCCGCAACAUUCUGAAGGCGGCCUGCUGCAACGACGUCACGUCCAUCGCCAUUCCGCUGCUGCUGCGGCACGAGCUGACGGAGGAGAUGACGGCGGCGUGGUGCAUGCGGCGCGCGGAGCUGGUGCUGAAGUGCGUGAAGGGCUUCGUGCUGGAGGCGAGCGGCGGCGGCGGCGCGGCGCUGCGCACGCUGACGGCGGCGCUGCCGGCCGCGCUGAGCCCCGCGCUGUUCGCGGCGCUGGGCGCGCUGCUGCCGACCAUCUUCCGCGUGUCCGGGCCCGUGCGCGCGCGCCCGCAGCCGCCCGCCUAGCGCCGCGCGCUGCACUCGCUCGGCGGAGCGGCAGUCGAUAGCGGUUGUGACGACGUAAACUCGUAAUAACAUCUAACUGCUCGUUUGAAUUGGCACGCGAAAAAUUAUUCUUACCUAGCUUACUAUUAUAUUUUUAAAUACAGCGCUUCACACUAAAUGUUCAUACAUACAUAGUUUGAAAUAUUGACUAUAUUUUUUUUUAAUUUUUUAUAUAGAUUUCAUUACUUUCUCAGAACCAGUCACAGUUUAUUAGUUUCACAGCUGUCAUUCUAGUCACGCUGUAUUUUAAUGACUACAGUAUGGAGUGUUGAAGUAGGGAAGUACUUUGUGUAUAAUGUGUCCCUCAAAAUGUGUUCCGUUUAGAUGCGCGUCAUCUGGAGCUUUUUUGUCCUAUCCGAGUUUAUAUACAAUGAUUGUCGCCGAUUUCAUUAACAUAAUCAAUAUUAUUGUAUAAAAUACAUUUAUCACCGUAUUCUUUUUGUGUAUAAAAGAACUGCGAGUAUUCCUCUUAAACAACGCAAGCUCCAAGAUUAUAGAUCCGAAUGACACAUUUUUUUUUGUAGAAAGUAUAUACUAUAAAAAACAAAUAUUGAAGAAAAUUAAUAUCAGUUGUGUAAAUCUUCUAACGCUCCGCAUAUACUACUGAGAAACAUUUACAGGCUUUUAAAUAAAAAUCUCUCAUUUUGAAAGUU